ACCCCCAUCCACUUCUCUGUUGUUUCUCUAGCUGUCUUUGUCUCUCUGACUCUAUCUAACCCAGUAACACUUUUACAAGCGUCCCACCACCACCACCCUCCCACUUUCGUCUCUAUAUCUCCCUCUCUCCCUCCCGCCCUCUCUUGUGUAACAGUGCCCAGUGCUGGAUUACUAAGCUCUGAGGCUGCUGAAGCAAGGGGCUGUGGCAGGCUUCGACCAGAAUGGUGAGGUGGUUCCACCCCAACAUCACCGGAAUCGAGGCAGAGGAUCUCCUGUUGACUCGGGGCGUCCACGGCAGUUUCCUGGCCCGGCCCAGCAAGAGCAAUCCAGGUGAUUUUACCCUCUCUGUUAGGCGCAACGAUGAGGUGACCCACAUAAAGAUCCAGAACUCAGGCGACUACUACGACCUGUACGGGGGCGAGAAGUUUGCCACGCUGGCUGAGCUGGUGCAGUAUUACACCGAACAACAGGAUCUGCUGCGCGAGAGGAACGGCCAUGUCAUUGAGCUCAAGUACCCACUCAACUGCAAGGACCCCACCUCCGAGAGGUGGUACCACGGGCACCUGUCCGGGCGAGACGCAGAGAAGCUCCUCACAGAGAAAGGCAAAGCCGGCAGCUUCCUGGUACGGGAGAGCCAGAGUAAACCAGGUGACUUCGUCCUCUCAGUUCUCACCAAUGAGGAGAAACACGAGAACGUGGACCGCAAGACCAAGGUCACCCACGUUAUGAUACGCUACCAGCAUGAUGGUAAAUAUGACGUGGGAGGCGGUGAGAGGUUCGACACCCUGGCUGACCUGGUGGAUCACUACAAGAAGAACCCCAUGGUGGAGAAAAGUGGCAUCGUAGUGCACCUCAAACAGCCCUUUAACGCCACAAGGAUAAACGCGGCCAACAUUGAGAACCGGGUACGAGAGCUAAAUAAAGUAGCAGACAACUCUGAGAAACCCAAGCAAGGAUUCUGGGAAGAGUUUGAGGUACUUCAGCAGCAGGAGUGCAAACUGCUGUAUCCCCGGAAAGAAGGCCAGAAACCAGAAAACAAGAGUAAAAACAGAUACAAGAAUAUCCUCCCCUUUGACACAACUCGGGUUGAAAUCAAGGAAACAGAUCCAGAUGUUCCUGGUUCAGACUACAUCAAUGCUAACUACAUCAGAAGUAUGCGUGAAGAGGGUCGCCACAUGGAUGAGGACAAAGUCUUCAUCGCCACUCAAGGAUGCCUACAGAAUACGGUCAACGACUUCUGGAAAAUGGUCUAUCAGGAGAACACACACGUCAUCGUCAUGACCACGAAGGAGGUGGAGCGAGGACGGAACAAGUGUGUCCGUUACUGGCCCGACCUCCACGGCACCAAAGAGUUUGGGAAGGUGCUGGUGAGGAACGUGGAUGAGCGGCCUGCACAAGACUACGUCCUGAGAAAGCUGGAGGUGACCCGUCUGGACCGGAAGGAGCCUCUGAGAUACAUCUGGCACUUCCAGUACCUGAGCUGGCCGGACCACGGGGUGCCCAAUGAGCCUGGCGGUGUCCUCUGGUUCCUAGAGGAAGUCAACCGCACCCAGAGUACCAUUCCAGACACUGGCCCCAUUGUCGUCCACUGCAGUGCAGGCAUCGGCAGGACAGGCACCAUCAUCGUCAUUGACAUCCUUAUUGACAUCAUUAACCGCCAAGGGCUAGAUUGUGACAUCGACAUCCCUAAGACCAUCCAGAGGGUUCGGCAGCAGAGGUCGGGCAUGGUGCAGACUGAGGCCCAGUACAAGUUCAUCUACAUGGCUGUGCAGCAGUAUAUAGACACGGCUCAGAAGAGACUGGAGGAGGAGCAGAGGAAUAAAAUGAAGGAAAGGGAAUAUUCCAAUAUCAAAUAUCCCCAGGUGACCAACUCAAGAUCCAAAUCCAACAUGGCAUCCUCACGGUCUUCUUCUGUGUUGACGAAUGAUGACUCGUCGAGCGUGUAUGAGAAUAUAAACUUUAAAAGCCCUCAGACGUCUUUCAGCAGCAACACCAGGAGGUAAAACCAUCGCUGUGGACCGCCACGUCUUUCUGUCUGCCUCUUUUUUCAGCGGAGGUGUCGCUUUGUCAGCGCCUGAAAAUCCCUCGAGGGAUCGUGUUGCUGUGACUGCACCCCACAUCUGUGGACCCUGCGUGGGCUGAAGGUGGCGAGCUGAUCCCUCUCCUGCUGAACCUCUCUGUCUGGAGUCAAACUUUACCCUCCUUAGCGAGGAGGACUCACUCUCACUCAGGACCCUUGUCCUUCCCCCUUUCCCCCCCCCAUCGCUCCAGCCUCUCCCUCUCUUAACCAGCGCAAGUGCCUUGUCACAGGAUGUGUCUGUAAUCUAGCCUCCCUAAACUUGCUGUUACAUAUGUUCUAUUCCAAAUCUUGGAAACCCAACUACAAAAGAGAAUCAGCUUCAUCAGUUCCUUGGGUUGAUGGAUGUUAAGCAGCCCCGGCCUGAAGUGAACAGAAUUGUAUGGGACCCAGGAAGAGGUCAGAGCUAAGCUGUUUGUCGGCUCAUUGUCAGAAAUCUUCGCUACCCAUCUUUCUUUGUCUUUGCUGGCUGUUAUUUGAACUUUUUGGUGGUGUUUUGUCUCUCCAGCUGUGGUGGUUAUUAACGUGGCUGCUGACUGAUAGUGGGAGCAGUUGUGUAACAUGUGAGGCACACGGAGGGCAAGCAAGCCCUCUUUUCAGCAAAUUUUGACAUACUUUCAUUACUUUCAGUUGUAAAUGUGGUCCCAUUUUGAGUGCUAACUGAAUCAAAUUUACUUUUAGUCUGUUUUUUCUGUUUGAUGAGCUUGUUUUCAUUAUUUCUUGGUGUUUUUUUGAUAUUGUUGGUAUAUAAUUAUACACAUAUAUAAAGGAACAUUGUGGUGAAAGAGAUCAUGUUCAAGCACAAUAGUGCAGGGAGCAUCCCCAGCACUCCUUUUCAUGUACCAUUAUAGUAAUAGUAGUUUGACAGAGUACAGGUGGAGGGGAUUCCUGAAUGGGUGGUUAGAGUUGAGCUUGGCUGUCCGCCAUGUCUCAACGUCGUUUGACUGGCUGUCCUCGUUAAUCAGCAGGUCUGACGCGGCUCAACAUCUGUUGGAGGAGAUCGUCACAAGGAAACAAGGGAAAGAGGGAGAUUACAGUGGGCCAGAUGGCCAUCUGCCUGUGAUUGAAGAAUAGAUUUGUCUCCAAAAAGUAAUUUAGAAGAUGGCCAUAAUCCAGGCUUGAUGAUAGUGGGGCGAGUAAGCCGGUGUCAUUGAUGUGACGAGGAAGACAGCGGUGCUGUGGAGCCCUGAGCCCUCAGCACUGUCUGGCAGAUUGUUGGCUAUUUUAGGCCACCAGGAUCAGCACCAAAAUAUCCCUCUCAUUCAAGUGCAGAUACGGUGGUGAAAUCUGACUUUGCUCAUUUAAGAUGUAAUGACUAAAUUGAACUGAAUAACUUAAAAAAUAAUGUCUCUCAAAAGGGGAAGAUGAUAAUGUGUGUUCAGUGUACUUUUAAAGAUUUUAAAGUAUCAGAUAAACCACAAAGCAGCACUUGUGUGUUGUGUUUAUGCGUAGACCAUUCCUUUUUCUACUAUGCGAGUCAGGGAGACUCUCAGGCUGGACUCAUCUUCUUCUCUUUUGUCAAAAAUUGGCCAGUUUCUGCAUCUGCAGCUCGUGAUUCUUUAGAAACCCGAUUUACAAAACAGCUAAUUUUAAUCUCUCUAAUGCACUGGAGUAACAGUAUUGAAUAUACUGUAAUUAGAUACUGUUGACCUUGUGGGGAAUAAUAAAUUAAAGUAAAAAUAUAAUCCGCAACAGCCAUAUCGUCCUAUCUGAUGACUGAGUUCUGUCUUUCAAAGGCUCACAGGAGUCAUUUUAUUAAGGUGUCAGUACAUCAGUGGAAGCUUUGAAGCUUUGUGUGUCUCGUGGUUUCACUUCCUCAUCCGUCAGUGUAAGUUUUCCCAGAGGAUAUAAAUUGUUGCCAAGGUAUGUAAAUGGCUGAUUUUUUUUUUAAAUGUGAAUAAACACAAUGUUUUAUGAAAUGAGUGGCAUCGAUUCCGUGUCGGCGAAGGCCUGUGUGCUACAAGUAUGCUGCACUUCAUUUGAAGCUGAAUGUCUGAAUCCGUCUGCUUUUUCCUAUCGCUCUUUUCCCAUCUGAACUGUGAUCUUUGUCCGAAGAUUGAGAAGCAACUUUCAUCUUUUUGUUUCUGUGUUUCUGAAUCAUGUUGCGCAGUGGAUAAUUUUGAUUUGUAUUGUAUUUUACUUUGCCUCUGUGGGUCAGAUAUUUUUUUAUGAUAUGGUGACACAUCGAUACUUGAAAGUGUGAAACUGCUGAAUCUUUGGCCUCAGGCUGUGUGUGGAUGUCCUUUGGCUGUGCAAGUAUUUUUGUUAGUGCACUAGAUUUUUGCUGUCGCUGUUUUUUUUGUUUUUUUCUUGUUGUUUCAUUUCAUUUUGUUGAUAUGUUUCAAAAUGUAUUUCUAAUUGAUUGUUUUAUCCGCAUUUUGUAUUGUGUCUGAAUUAUUAUUAUUAUUAUUAUUAUUAUUGUUAUCAUCAUUAUCAUUAUGAAUGUUAUUAUUAUUGGUGUAAUUUCACCAUCAAGAAGUAAAUUCUGGCUCUGAGUUGAACCAGUACACAUGGAGGUAUGCAGUAGUUACACAGCAUUUUCUUUCUGCUUGUCCUCUCACAUUUACUUGAACAUGAUGUCGAUGUCUUUUUGUUUUGAUUCCCUGUUCCUCAGUUGCUCACAGUUUGCCUGAGGUUAGUGUACUUAGUGCUCCCAUGUUGUUCACUGGAGACUUUCCUCUUCUCGCACUGGCUCUGCCCAGAUGCUUUUUGUGCUGUAUAGGCUCCUACUGCUAAUGCAAUGAGCUGCCAGAAAUGGCAUUAAAAUGGUUUAUUCUAUAGUUUAAUAAAAUCUAUGAUGGCACUAUUUAAAGUUA